AUGGCUUCAAAUGUGUUGUUGAGUGAACAAAAGCACGAGGAGAGGAAAGAAGAACUUGUGUUUCCAUGUGAGCUUGGGAACGAGGUUGAGUUACCUAAAAACUGUGUAUGGUCAAAGGAAUAUUUGGAUGCUUACUUUAAGCAACCGGUUGAUGCAAAAGUAAAGGCCUAUAAACCUAAGAGUUCCUUGGCAGGCUAUCCAGGUGCUCAUUCUGAACGCUUCUCUUCUAACCUAACUUGGAAGGAGACCCUCACUUUCUUGCUUCCUCAUGAUGAUCCACAACCUGCUAUUAGAGACUACUUUGUCUCCACCUUAGGCCAAGACUUUUAUGAAACUAGUUGGGCUGGUGUCACCUGCAAUACUCAUCAUGGAAGGGUCCAUUCCUUGAUUCUUCGUAGCAUGGAUCUUAAGGGUAGCAUAUCUCCACAGCUAGGAAACCUCUCCUUCCUAGUUGAUCUUGAUAUCAGUAAAAACAACUUUCAUGGUCCAAUUCCUCAAGACUUGGUUCAAUUACGUCGAUUGAGACUGUUCAACUUGAGCUAUAAUGACUUUCACGGACAAGUUCCAACAUGGAUAGGAGAUUUAUCUCUACUUGAGCAGUUGAGUUUUCGAAAUAACAGUCUCAAUGGGUUUAUUCCAUUAUCUCUAUUCAAUCUAUCAAGGUUGGAGACUUUGGAUUGGAACUCUAAUAUCAUUGAAGGUACCAUCCCACCUGAGAUAGGAAGUCUAAAGCAAUUGAAGAAUUUACAACUUUCAAGGAACAAACUUUCAGGAGCAAUUCCCCAAACAAUUUUCAACUUAUCUUCACUUGAAGUGCUAUGGUUGUCUUAUAAUAAUUUGUCAGGAGCCAUUCCAAAUGAAAUUGGUGAUCUUCAGCAGCUUCAUGCAAUAUAUCUUGGAAGUAAUCAGCUUUCAAGCACUAUACCAACCUGCAUGUUUAAUAGUUCGGUACGACGAUACAUUGAACUUCACACCAAUAAUUUAUCUGGGAGUCUGCCAACAAAUGUGUGUUCUGGGCUUCCAAAACUUGAAAUACUAUAUCUCUAUCAAAAUGAUUUGUCUGGCGAGAUACCCUCCAUUUGGCAUCAAUGCAAGGAAUUGGUAGAGUUAUCAUUAGGGGAUAACAAGUUCAAUGGAGGAAACAUACCAAGUGACAUUGGAAAUUUGACCAAACUUGAGUGGCUACAUCUUAGCAACAGCAACUUGCGAGGUGAAAUUCCUUCAUUUCUUUGGAAAAUGCCUUGUUUGAGAAUUGUUGAACUUGACAACAAUCAUUUAAAGGAUAGUUUGCCAGAAGAAAUGUGUCAUCAUCUCCCUUUACUUGAAGUCUUUGGUGUUGAUGAUAAUCAAUUAGAGGGAAGCAUUCCAAGCUCAAUAAGCAACUGCACAUCUUUGAAAGAAUUAUAUUUGGAUGGUAACUCAUUUACAGAUCUUUGUGGGAAAUCCCAACUACAAGUCCAACCAUGCAAAAAAGAAAGGAAUUACAUGACAAAAAAAGUGAAGUUGUUGAUAAAAUGCUUACUUCCUAUUGUGGUUGUCAUUCUGGUUGUUUCAUGCAUUGUCUUUCUAAGACAUAAGAGAGAUGUGUAUGCUAGUGGUUCAACCAACAAUGAGUUAAUAAAUGUAGGGACACCAAUUAGGAUAUCCUAUUAUGAUCUUUUGCAUGGAACAAAUAGAUUUGAUGAGAGUAAUCUUCUUGGCAUUGGAUAUUAUGGAUCAGUAUACAAAGCAACUCUUCCAAACGGAAGGAUCGUUGCUGUUAAAGUAUUUCGCUCAGACUUGGAUGAAGCAUUAAGGAGUUUUGAUAUUGAGUGUGUUGCAAUAUGCAAUUUACGACACCGCAACCUUAUUAAGAAUAUUAGUAGCUGCUCCAAUGAUCAUUUCAAGUGUCUAAUAAUGGAGUUCAUGUCAAAUGGGAGUCUCGACAGAUGGUUAUACUCUCAUAACAAUUGUUUAGACAUCCUAACAAGGUUGAAUAUAAUGAUUGAUGUGGCAGUUGCGUUAGAAUAUCUUCAUCAUGGUUCUUCUACACCAGUUGUUCAUUGUGAUGUUAAACCAAGCAAUGUCUUGUUAGAUGAAAAUAUGGUGGCUCAUCUCACUGAUUUUGGUAUAGCUAAAUUGAUGGGUGAAGAAGAGUUGGAAAUUUAUACAAAAACUUUAGCUACAAUGGGUUAUAUGGCACCAGAGUAUGGAUCAAAAGGAGUUGUUUCCAUUAAAGGAGAUGUGUACAGCUAUGGUAUUUUGUUAAUGGAAAUGCUUACGAGAAAGAAGCCAACAGAUGACAUGUUUGCUGAAAGUCUAAGCUUAAAAGAUUGGGUUAGCACAUCAACACCUCAUUCUGUCAUUAGUAUUCUAGAUGCAAAUUUGCUGCACAAUCAAAAUAUUGGUGAUGUAUCACCACAUAUGUCAUCAAUUUUUGAGGUGGCAUUAAAUUGUUGCGUUGAUUCACCUGAGGCACGACCUACAAUGAUUGAUGUUGUGGUAUCGAUCAAAAAAAGCAAGUUUGCAUUAAUACAAAUAUUAGAGGCACCCCAAGUUAAAUAA